AUGUCCAUUGUGGGGCGCUUCCGUUUGUUCGUGCCGGGCGCCGUGGCGAAGGCCGCGCCCAAGCUGGGUCAGGCGUUGGGCCCUUUGGGCAUCAACAUGGUGGCCUUCUGCAAGGAUUUCAAUGCGCGGACCACGAAAGUUCGACCGGAAGUGCCCAUUCAGGCCACCUUGGUGCCGCGAACGGAUCGGACGUACAAGUUCUUCAUCCGCUCGCCCUAUUCGCCCUGGUUUUUGUUGCGGUGUGCGCGGCUACCCAGAGGCAGCAGUGUGGGCAAUGGCGGCCCGCCGGUGGGAAAUAUUACAUUUAAAGAGCUCUAUCACAUCGCCAAGGCGAAAAGCAUGGAUCCUCAGCUUAUUGGCAUUCCGACACGAACCAUUUGCCUGGGUCUGAUGCGGACAGCCAAGCAGAUGGGCAUCAAGGUGACGAGAGAACUGGAACCGGAAUUCGCGAAGCGCAAUGACGAGCCAGUGGAAGGGUUGGAAGAGAGGAGGAAGCAACUGCGGCUCUUGAACAAAGACGAGCCGUGCGACCCAGCAGCCGUGGAGGCGCGUGCCGAGGAGGUGCAACGCCUCCGCGAUGCCUUGGGCAGCGAUGUCCAUCCACAAUUGGGUUUGCCCUGGCUUAGAUAUGGCAGUGCGCUCCUCCGCAUGACAGAACGAGGCAUUGCUGGUGAAGAGCAGAAAGCUCGCUCUGCCGAAGCAUCGCUCCAGGGGCUUCUUGGGACUGCUUGUGGCGGUGAGGAGUCGUGUGCCCGUGCAAGCUACGAGGAGUUGGAGGAAGAUUUGGAAGUGGCGUGGGAAACAUUGGAGACAGCAAGGAAAUGCCUGGAGCAGGACAAAGAGCCUUCGUCAUCAUCUUUGCUGGCCCAGUGUCACCUUCGCUUGGUCGACCUCCUGGUUUUGCAGGGGCACAAAGGCUUGGCAGUCGAAGAGUGCAAGAAGGCAGUUGAAUGCUGUCAGACAGAUCAAGAAAAGGCUUCAGCCCAGUCUCGUUUGGCAGACGUCGAGUUCAUGGCGAAGCUGAGAGACGUCGUCAACGAGAACGAGACCGGCGAAGAGGUGAAGUGCCGCGAGUCCGGCAGGGUGUGGCCGCUGAAACGGCUGGUAGGCGACCGGAAGAUGUCGGCGACCCUGCUAGCUGGGCAGGUUCCUGUGAGGAAGCGACCCCGAAGCAACGCCACUGGUGCGGCGACUGGCGCGACUGCGCCGGAAGAAAUCGGUGCAGGGGAGUGUUGGAGGGAGUGGCAGAUGACCGACUCGACCUUAGCAACGAGCAACUUCGAUUUUCAGGAUUGUUAG